AUGGAGAAUUUAAACAGCACCGAACAAUCCCAAUCUGCUCAUAAUGCUGCUACUGGUAAUGUGGACGGCCCCCAAGCCCAUCGCGAACAGACAGCAUCUCAAGACUCAGGCUACGAAGGAGAUGUGGAGGUAGUCAAGCCAUAUGCCAUUGAGGAACCCGAUGAUCAUUCUACUUCCAAGCCUGAGACCUCUACGACUUCAUAUCACCCUCGCAACUCUGGACAAUGGCAAAGUGAUCUGGUGGAAUCGAUGGGAGAUCUUCAAUGUGAAUCGGACAACACCGACCGCCAAUUACGUCAACGAGGACAGAAACGAGGAAAGAAAAGAAAACCACCGACGGUUGAUAUAGGAGCGUCCGCAUAUGCCCAGUCCCAGAAGCCGGAAAAUGCAUCCAAACUCGGUGAUAUCCAGUACAAGGAACCUAGCCUAAGUCCCAAAAGACCACGCCGACGAGGAGAGCGACCGAAUGAAGAUGGAACCUCUUCUCACCUUUCUAGCGGCACUGGAUCAUCUGUGAGCUCCAGCUCAGGCUCUCAGUCGCCAGAAUCCAACAGCACUGGUGCUGUUGGAGGAACUCCCGCUGCAGAUGCGAUGGAUAUCGAUUGA